AUGCCUGCUUUACGCACUCACGAUACGGCGAGCGACUCACUGGAAGUGAGGACUGGGAUGGACCUACCAAAUUCUUCAUUACCGACGCUAGCCAUAAUCGCACCAACACCCCGAGCAUUUACAUUUCCUACUUCUCAUAAUCUCGACAUUAGCCCCUACUCUACACCAUCUAAUUCACCUUUUGAACCCGAUCUUAAUAAUCCUUUUGGAAUCCCGUCUCCAACCUCAUCGUAUUUAUCUACACCGUCACCAUUAAAUCGAACAUUAUCUCCCGACUCAUCUGUAUCAGUAUGUUCACCUCGAUCGGACAGCCUUGACGCCGAGCGUCGGCCACGAAAAGGCGACAAAGACUAUAUCAAGCGACCGGAGAACGCGUUUAUGCUCUUCCGGCGCAAAUGUUGCGAGGAUGGGCAACAGGUCGAAGAAGAAUCCAACGGGGCCACGACUCGAAAAAAGCAACGCCAGGCGGACCUUUCGAAAGCCAUCAGCCGAAAGUGGAAGAGUUUGUCGAAGAAUGAUCGACAAUACUGGGAGGACUUGGCGAAGGAAAAGAAGAAGGUACAUCAGGAGAAGUACCCCGGUUAUGUUUUUCGACCGCAGCGAGUCAGGGACAAGGAUGGGAGGGCGAGGAACAAGAAGUAUACCAAGCGCAAUAGAGCAGCAAAGAGGAAGCAAGGCGAGGCAGAAAUAGAGAGGGAAACAGCAUAUCUGGUUCCAUUCCCUGGUCGAUCCACCUCAGCUUCUGGCACGAUUCCCGCAAUGUCCUAUCAUACCGUCCACAUACCAGUAAUUUCCACGAUACCCCCUCACCCGUCCUCUGCAUCGUCUUCCUCUCUCCCAAUGCCGCAGAUCAGCCAGACAUUUUCUGGGACUGUAGGGAAUAUCACGUCAAACUUUGAGUAUCUCCCUUCUCCAAAUUCGAUGUUACAUUCAGAAAGAGGCCUUCAGGUAAUGUCGCAAUCUACAUCCUGGACCGCUGGAGCUCAAGCUGAUGCGCUACACCGACAGUCCUCAGAGUUGAUGCGGAACCUCUUCAAUCUUCCGGCGCAUGAAACCCCGGAGUCAACGACAAGGUCUGUCGCACGACUUCAAGUGCCUAGUAGUCCCCUUUCAUCUGCAGCAUCAUCGCCCAUCUCUGGUCCCUUCACACCCUCCUCCGACCCACUUGACCAAUCCUCCUACAACAAUGCUCAGCUGUACCCAUCCACAUUCAACCCCGCCGAGACAUGCGGAAGUGAUCACACUCCGUGGGUCCCCAUGCCUGCUGCUAUUCAGGCAGGACUCAUCCCACAACCAGAUGCUGUCCACAACUAUUCUCCUUGGGAAUCACAUAAUGCUAUUUGGCAAACAGAGUCGAGCAUGCUUGCAGGGGAUGACUUUGACCUCCAGAUCAUUCCACCUAUCGAGCUCAGCCAAAGCAGUCAGAGCAUGAUGAUGAUGCCCGAGUAUGGAGACGGUGCUGCCUUUGGUAUCGCUCCAUCCGCUACCCUGAAUAACUUCGCAUUGUAUGACUUCCCGCAGGAAUAUUUCCUUCCCGUCGAUCGAUUCGCCAUGAACGAAGACUCUUCGCCGCACUUUGCGAUCGAGGAUGAGUGCAUGCCAGUAUCUUGA